UCUUCGAUCAGGUGCUGCAGCAGCAGCUCAAGGUCGAUGAGUUGAAGGGCAAGGUCGCGGACCUUGCCGAGAGGAAACCCUCGUCGCCGGGCGUCGAAGGAAUCUGGCAGCAGCUGGAGAAUCUCGAUGAGAAGUGGCAGGAGCUGCGUGCUCCGUGUGAGGAGCGUGUGCGAUCUCUCGAGGCGCUGAAGGCGUUCCAGCAGACGCCAUGACGGGCUGCAGGCGUGGCUGACACAGAAGGACAAGCUGAUGAGCGUGCUCGGACCGAUCGCCACCGAACCCGGCAUGCUCAACAACCAGACGCAGCAAGUCAAGGUUCUCCAGGAUGACUUCAAGGACUGGGAUGCACAGCUGCAGCAGCUGAACGAGUCAGGAGAGACAGUGCUAGACAAGCUGCAGGCCGGCAGUCCCGAGGCCCUCCUCAUCGCAGACCAGAUGGCCGCCAUCAACCAGCACUGGGACGACGUUCAGGGCCGGCUCGACGAGCGAGACCAGCUGCUCGAUGGCGCCCUCGUGGCAAGCACGGACUUCCACGAGAGCGUGUCGGCGCUGCACGACUGGCUGAACGCGGUGGAGGUGCGGCUGGAGGAGGGAGAGGCGACAGACGACACUGCCCAGCAGCUCGCAAUGCUCAAGGACUUUGUAGGAGCUCGACUGCUCAGCGGCCACCUAUCUGGGCAACGCGCACGACAACGUCUAAGAACAAGUGCGGCCGCUGCGAAGAAGCCAUUCAAGGAUUGCACAGAGAGAUUCUACAAGAGGAAGCAGGAGCUGUCGUCGGUCGUCAAGGCCGGCGAACAUUUCGACGAGCUCUGCUCACAGAUGGAGCUGUGGCUGGCCGACUCCGACCGUCGCCUAGGCGACGAUUUCCAGCUGUCCGGGCGCGCGGAGAAGCUGUCAGAGCAGCUCGCCGAUCACGUGCCGCUGCAUCGUGAGAUCAGCAGUCGGGAGAACGAGAUUCAGGCGCUGCUCGUCAAAGGACAGCUCAUGGCAGAUCAGGCGUCGCCAACUGUCAAGGAGCACGUGGAGGAUAAAAUCAACGAUUUGAGGUCACACUGGGACGACGUGCUCGCGAGGUCGGGUCAGCGACGCGACAAGCUGCAGCAGGCGACGACGCAGAGCGGAAAGUUCGCGCUGGCGGUGGAGCUGCUGCUGCCGUGGCUCGCGCGCAGCGAGAAGAGGCUGCGGGAGCUGCAGACGACCAGCCUGACCCGCGCAGACGCUCAGAAACAGCUGCAGGAAACGCAGGCGUUCCACAAGGAGGUGAUGAAGAAGACUAAGGAGUUUGACAACGUGGUGAGCCUGGGCUCUGGCUUCCUCGCGAUGUGUGACUGCGAC